AUGAAUCUCGGUUCACUCAACGACUUCCCCAGUGUAACAGUUGACAGUGGGUUCCCCAUCAUCGACUUUGAACAGCUCGAGUUCCCGGAAAAGUCCCUUCUUGGCCAAGGAUCAUUCGGCUCCGUGAGGAAAGCCUUUCACCGGAACUGGAGACAGGAUGUGGCAGUCAAAAGUCUCACCUUUGAAAUAUAUGGAACAAGUGAGCAAGAGCUGCUGUAUUCUGAGGCGAGGAAGCUGAACCUGGGAAGCCGAUCAGACUACGUCAUUCGUCUGUUGGGGAUCUGCCUGGAGCCACAAGUCGCCAUCGUGAUGCCUUACAUGGAAAACGGCUGUCUCAGCGAGUUACUGCAGGAUGUGGACGUGCCCUGGGCCCUGAGGUGGAGGAUGGCACGACAGAUAGCCCUGGGGAUGACUUUCCUGCACUGCCAGAACCCGCAGAUCAUCCACUGUGAUCUGAAGGCAGAGAACGUGCUACUUGACGGAGACUUUCACGUGAAGAUUUCAGAUUUUGGCCUUUCAAAAUGGAAGAUGCAAUCCCGCAUCGUGACUGAAACGAGCCCGAUGGGCGGCACCCCUACACAUGUUCCACCGGAGUUUUUUGACACAGACGGCGGCCCAACCGACAAGACUGAUGUGUACAGCUUUAGUGUGUUGUUGUGGGAGAUUGCCAGCCGAAGAAAGCCAUAUCGAGAUGCUGAAGGCAGGUUGAAUCUCAGCAGGCCACUCAGUUGUUACGUGACAGGCGGAGGGCGGCCGGAUAUGUCACUGGUACCCAGAGGUGUGCCGGGUGUGGACACAGUUAGCCAACUCAUGCAGGCAUGCUGGAGUCAGUGUCCAGACGACAGACCUUCAUUCCAAGAAUGUGUGGACCAGCUGCGUGACGUUAACAGCAUGUUCAGUGAUGAAGAUAUCCUUGAAGCCAUCAUCAACGUACGGAGGAAAAUGAAGGCAGUCGUGAAAUAAUACUCCAGUACACCGAAGGCAGCAAACGGACACAAAAAGUGGUCAUGAGACUAAGAACUGAUCUAGUCGGUCAUUUUAAGAUGGCUUUGUUUCCAUCAUCUUAUGUACUGCUUAGCCCGAUUGCAUCGGAUUACUAGCAGCUGCACUGUGUUAGUUACAAAACAGGUAACCGGUAACAAGGGUAACUGAAGGAGGGGACACUAAGGAACGUAAAUAACUGAAUCUGUGGGUGUAAAAGACAAGACAAGUGCGUUUAGUGUGUUAGUAGAAUAUAUAUAUAUACAUAUGUACAAAACUUGUGGGGGCGACUCAAGGCAGAGGGGACGUCCUCGCCAGUCCAGUUUUGACGAGGGACCCCGCCUCCGCUACACCAGGCUCAAGUUCAUUCCACUCUUGGAUGGUACGAGGGAAGAACGAGAGCCUGAGUGUAAUAGGCAUAUGUUUUUAUGACUGUUUGCAUGCAAAAAUGCUUAUAAGUACGGUUAAUUGAUGUUCGUUUGUUUAUUUGUUUGUUUGUUUGUUUAUAUUAUCAAAAGAAGUGAUUAACGAGUGGUUUCUUUGCGAACGUCAUUUUCAUAAUCUUCUUUUUGUAAGUAGUAGAUAGGCCUUUACUUGAGGACGACAUAUGCACAUUUGUCAAAGGA